AUGAUCGCUGCUAUGGCAGAACCGGCUGUACCUUUCGAAGUAGUGGCGCAGUUUCCGUACAAGUCUGACUUCGAGGAUGAUCUGAAUUUUGAUAAAGGUCAAGCGAUUACAGUAACUAGCAUAGAAGAUGAAGAGUGGUACUUUGGUGAGUACGCCAAAGAAAAUGGUGAUUUAGUAGAAGGAAUCUUUCCAAAAACUUUUGUGGCCGUUCAAGUUUCUUCUUCAUCGGCGUCUAUAGGUGAGACUAGUGAGAGAGCAAGGGAGUUGGGCGAAACAGGAGCUUCAAAACAUCCGAAAACAGAGCAGAUAAUAGAAGAGCCAACGGGGGAUUCAGUCCAGGAAAAAACACGCGAAAAAGACGCAGGCACUGAAGACGAUGAGGAGGAGGAUUUUGUGGAUGCCAUUAGCCCAGCUAGCCCAACCAGCCCAAGUUUGAAAGGCAAGUUAUCUAUGUUUGAGAAUGAUAAUCAUACUGUCCCGAAACCAAGAGCGAGUGAGUUAUUUGGCGUUGAGGAGACUUCCGUUAAGAAGACCGCGGGGACCAAUCCAUUUAAUUCCAAUGGAGUCCCUUUUCCAGGACGAGAGUUAACAGAGUCCGCAAGAGGAAAAGCAAGCGACAUAGCUGAACCAAUUAAUCGUGGCAAUGCUCAAAAAGAGGAGCAAUUACAGGAGCCCGAGGAGGACAUUCCUAAAAUGAGCUUAAAGGAAAGGAUAGCUAUGCUUCAAGAACAACAAAGACUACAGGCUGAAAAGGAGCUAGAAAAAAUGAAAAAAUUAGUCAAAAGAGAAGAAGAGAAUGCGCCAGCAGAUUUUUCGGAUGACCAGGAGAAGAGUGAUGAUCUUGUGGAGGAACCAACGUUAGAUCUUGGCAAAGAAGACGAGAAAACAGAUCCUUCGAGAGAACCUAUCAAAAGAAAAGGAUCUAUUGAAAGUCCAGCUGCGAAUAAGGUUGACGCUGAUGAAUUCGAUCCUAGCGACAGAUAUGAGGAAGCCAAUGUUGAGGAUCCAAACCGCGAAGACCACCCCACUAGGCUUGUUGAAGAAAAACAUCAAGAGGAACUGGAAGAAGAUGAAGAUAAGGAAGAAAACGAGAAAGAUGCGGAACAAAAAUCCGAAGGGUCUGAAGAGUCUGAAGAGUCUGAAGAUGAUGAAGAGCAUAGACGUGCUGCUUUAAGAAAUAGAAUGGCGAGACUUGCUGGUGCAGGUAGGUUUGGCGGCGCAGCGGGCUUCAAUCCAUUUGGUAUGCCAGCUAGUAUGUCUUCUGACUUAACCCCCGAAAAACACAAGAAAUCUGCCAAAAAGGAAACUAUCGCUCAAGAAGAUAGUUUACCGCAAGCUGUUCCUGUCAUGCCUUUUGCAGAUCCGCAAGCUCUCUCUUCUCUCAAUAGGAAACUCACCAAAACUGACUCCGAAGAGAUACCUUCAAAAAAAUCUGGUGCCGAAGAACCGAAGGACAGCGAGAAAAGUGCACCUGAGGCCGAGGAUAUCGGUCCUUCAGAGGAAACGAAUGCAAAUAAUGACGAGGCAGAGCCAAAGAAAAGAGGUUCCUGGUUAAACUCUGUUGACAAUGAAGAAAUUACAGAUAGCAAUAAAAUAGCAGUGGAGGAGGAUACGGAGGGGUAUGAAUCGUCUGACGACUUCUCUGAAACUGAUGUAAGGAGUACCCUACCUGAGGUUCCCUGCAUGAAAGAACCUCCUGUUCCUCCUAUUUCGGCUCCUUCUCCUCCUGUGUCUCACGAGCACGAAGUCGAGGAAGGUGAGAUCUUAAGCCCAUCUCACGCCGCUCCUCCCAUACCAAUUUUCAAUCGAGAGGAUCCUCCGACAGCAGGUUCGCGAGGGGAUGAAGUAUCAACGAACGCUUCGGUGCCUAAUAAAUCGAAGCAGGCCAUUCAUUAUGACCCACCCCCAGUUCCUGUGCCAUCAGUAAGUGGAGAUAGUCAAGCUGAAGCUUCAUCAAGGCAUGUACCUCCAGUCUCUGCUGUCCCACCUUUGCCUGCUGAUAUACCUGUGAAACCCCCUCAUCCUCCCACGCUUCCAUAUAUACCUCCGGUGGAGCUACUGAAUGAGCAAGCAAGAAAAGAAGUAACGCCCCCCCCUCCUUUGCUGGCAAGUGGAAGCACUGCACCUUCUGCACCUUCUCACUCAGUACCAGCACCGCCAGCACCGCCAGCACCGCCGGCCCGUGAUAGUCACCAUUUCAAAAGUGCUCCUCCUCCUAUACCCACUAGUGCACACCAUCCUCCAAUUCCUUCCAAUCGUCGCACCAUAAUGUCAGAUGAUCUGCAACAAGCUCCGGAGGUCCCUACUGCUCCAAGUGCUCCUCCACCGAAUCUGCAAGCAGAUGCUUUAACCGAAAAGCCAAACAAAGAAGGACCGGAUUCAUUCCAUCAAUCUACAGCUCAGUUUGAUUCUAGUGACUUGUGGUGGCUUAACAAGAAGGUACCAACGGCACUUUUCAACAAUAAGAUUAAAUUCCUAAUGGAGGUUGAUGAUCGUCUCGUGGAAAAGAGGCUGCUUGAGAGACUCAUAAUCCGGGAUUUUUACUUUUUGUUCGAGGAUUUUUCGCAAUUGCACUUGGCUAUUGAAUAUGAUCUGUCUAAUCCCGAACGAACAGUCAGUUCGUCACAAAAGUUUGUCCCUUGUAAGAGUGAUAUCGACCGCCUCAACACGUUUUCAGAAAAAUAUGGCAGCUUCAUAUUCAAACAAGCGCAUUCAUUAAUUCACUCCACCUCAAGCGGUUUGGUGGGAACAAUAUUGUCCAAAUUGGCUAAAGAAAUCAUAAUGCCUAUUGACCAAAGAACGUUCGGCAUUACCAUGUUUAGUCACAAAGCAGGUCAAUCAAUCAAUCUAGUUGAUCUUAAGAAUGUUAAAGCUGGAGAUAUUUUGGUGAUCAGAAAAGGCAAAUUUGAAAGUCACAAAAAGUUAGGAAUAAAGGAUACAGUUAUGGUCGGAAUGGAGAUUACGCCGUACGCGAGUGUCGUGACAGACUUUGAUUUCAAUAAGAAUAAAUUGAGAGUCAUAGAAGAGCACAAUGGCAAGAUAGUCCAAUCUAGCUACAGACUGGACCACAUGAAAAGUGGCAAAUUAAAGGUGUUCAGAGUAAUUGGCAGAAGCUAUGUCGGUUGGUAG